GUGCCGCUCACCCAGUACCAGCGCGACUUCGGCGUGCGGACCGCGCGCGCGGGGACCAGGGAUGAGCGCGUGCCCGGGCCGGGCGGCCGCAGGGGCCAAUCUUCAGCGACCCCAGCCCGAGCGGUCUACGUACUACCCGUCGGGGACGCGGACGCAGCUGCUGUAGCGACCACGUCUUAUAGGCAGGAAUUCCAAGCUUGGACUGGAGUGAAGCCCUCAAGAUCCACAAAGGCCAGAUCGGCCAGAGUCAUCACAACGCACAGCUCUGGAUGGGACCCCAAUCCUGGGGCCAAGUUCCAGGUUCCAGAAGUGAGAAAAUUCACACCCAACCCCUCAGCCAUCUUUCAGACAUCAGCUCCCCGGACUCUCAAUGUGUGACCAGUGGAAACCGUGGAAACCGUGGCUGCUGGGAAAGCUGCGGAACACCUCCAGAAGGGGAACUGGCUUGGUUCUUUGCUGACUGGAGCAGCAUGGCUGCCGGCUCUGCCUGUGGUGUGGAGUGGAGGCAGACGGCACACCGGUGAAGCACCACCAGCUGCACACGGCCUCUUCCCCCCCCGCCCCAAGCAGUGGGGGGAAGGAGACUUGAUCUCCUUUUGGUUCCAUUUGGCACCUUUCAAUUUUUAAUAUGAGGUUCAAUUCGGUUGUGACCUGAACUGCUCCAGACUGAAAAAAUAUGCAUAUAUCAAGUCCUUGGUAGACCAGUUACCAACUUUGGGUGGUUUUCCCAAGAUGCAUGUUAAUUUAUUUGAUAACCCUAUGGUAGUCCCAGGCAGUUUUCUCAUCUCUUUCUCCAGUGCCCCACAUGCCUACAUUAAGAAAUCUUAGCCAGGCAGUGGUGACACAUAUCU